AAGGCUCCGCGCGGCCCGGCCAUCUUUGCGUGUUAGCGUUAGUGAUCGGGGCUCCGCUCCGCACAAUCGGAGGAGAAUCCGGCCGCUGGGGCGCCAUCAUGCCCGGACACCUGCAGGACGGCUUCGGCUGCGUCGUGACCAACCGGUUCGACCAGCUCCUGGACGAUGAGUCGGAUCCGUUCGAGAUAUUAAAGGCGGCGGAGAGCAGGAAGAAGGAGGCGGCGGCAGCGGCGGGGGCCGCGGGCAAGAGCGCCGCUCAGGCCGCCAGACAGCCGCGGAGAGAGCCGGGGAAGGAGCGGAAAAACCAGCCCGGCGAUAAGAAGGAGGAGGCCCAGGCUCCGGUGCCCCUGAAGAAGGACGGCAUGAGGAGGGUGGGACGGAAGCAGGAGCAGCAGGGUCAGUCCGGCCCCCCGCACCACCAGGGGGCGCCGGGAGAGGGGCGGCCUGGCGAGCGGAGAGCGGACAGACGACCUCCGCGCGAGAGGCGCUUCGAGAAACCGGCCGAGGACAAACCUGAAGGAGGAGAAGCCUCUGUGGAGAAGCCGGUGGGCGACCGGCCCCCUCGGGGUCGCGGCGGUGGGCGCGGAGGCCGGGGCGGCCGUGGGCGGGGCAUGGGCCGAGGAGACGGCUUCGACUCGCGGGGCAAGCGUGACUUUGACCGACACAGUGGCAACGACAAAUCAGGACAGAAAGCGGACGAUAAACGAGGGGGAGCCGGCUCUCACAACUGGGGCAGCACCAAGGAAGAAGCCAGCAGUGAGGUGGACCAGUCGGCUGCUCCUGAGGCACCUGCGGAGGGGGAGGAGCAUGCACCUGCGGACUCGGAAAACAAGGAGAACGAGGUGGAGGAGGUGAAGGACGAAGGCCCUAAGGAGAUGACCCUGGACGAAUGGAAGGCCAUGCAGAAUAAAGAACGAGCCAAAGUGGAGUUUAACAUCCGGAAACCCAACGAAGGAGAAGACGGCCAGUGGAAGAAGGGUUACGUCCUGCACAAGUCGAAGAGCAAAGACGCCGGAAGGCCGUCUGGAGGACUGAUUGAAGCUGGAGACGCUGAUGCUGACACACUCCAUAAGGGCGCCUCUGAAGAAGGUGCAGGUGACCAUCACUUCCGCAAACCGGCCAAUGACAUCACUUCCCAGCUGGAGAUCAACUUUGGAGACCUGGGUCGCCCUGGCCGUGGGCGGGGAGGCUCCCGCGGGGGUCGAGGAGGGCGAGGGGGCACCCGGGCAGGUCGUGGAGGCAGCAGGGCUGAGAAGGGUGGUGGUGUGUCCGUUCCUAACGUGGACGACCCGGAGGCGUUUCCUGCCCUGGCCUAAGCCCCACCCACCCGCCCCUGACCCCUCCUCUGCGAGGCUUGCAUGCUUACGGAUUCUUCGACUAUAGAAACCAGAAAAGAAAAAAAAAAAUUAAUCUGAAAGAGAGACUGUCAUCCAUACCAUAACUCUGA